GGAACAACGUGUGCAAAACUAGGUGUAUGGGAAGUAAAUAGUUCUUCUUUAUUAUACAAUUAUAACCAACAUUAGUAAAUAAAUUAAAUCUGUAGUAAACGCAUAAGUAUCGAUGUUUUAAAGUUAGGAUCGAUCCUUUUCGAUACAACCUCAGGAUCGGAAUUAUCGAUAUUUUAGGAUCGAUCCGCCUCAGGAACUUGUCAAGCAUGGCACAGAGAGCAGUAUGUGACUCUUAUAUGAGCUAAUCCUGUCACAUCUGUAUACAUAUUAUGCCAUUUGUAGCAUCGUGGGUAUGUAUUGAUUGUUUUUAACAAAAUCUACAAUUGUACAUCAUUAUUUUUGGCGACAUUGUUACAUUUUGUGAAGUUUAUAGUAAGAAGUGUGUUAUUUACUAUUUACAGUACUAUUGUGCUGUGGUAAUGUUCUUUAGGGAUAGAAUUAGUAUAAUUUGAGUUGAUAUAUCUGUACGUAGUUGUGAUUAUGCCCAUGCAUGUUUCAGUUUCACCUUUCCAUUGCAAUAAACAUGUAGAAAGCAGCCAACUGUCUUCAGAGUCUUGAUGUUAUAGAAGAGUUUACCUGGCUGUCAAGUUAUCUACAGAACAUAUACUGAGGACAGCAUAGUAUUAAGGGAACACUGAACUUUGAUUGGUCAGUGUGACGCACAACAUUCCAUGCACUGAUGCCAUACAAUGUUAUCAUAUUCACAUGAGCUCUCAUGAAGUGUUUUCUGUGUCUACAACAACUGUUAUUUCCUGGUGUGGAACAAAACCACAUUUAUUUUAAGAAACAGAAUGUCAAGAACAAGCUUAACUGGAUUUCCUGUGGGCCGUCUGACUGGUACAGUGGGUAUUGCCGGUCUCGUCUCUCUGACUCUCUUGUACUUCUGGACUUCACUUCUGACCAACUGUCCAUCUCAACGUCGUCAAUUUAAACAACUCUCAGAUGGACAACAUGAAGAGAAGAACCCACUUGCUGAAGAAACAUUGGGUAAACCUGUACUUUUGUUAUGGGUCUGGCCUGAAAAUUACCGAUUUGAUCUGAGUGACUGUAAAACCAUUUACAAUAUUGACGGCUGUCACCUGACGGACGAUAGAGCUCUCUACAGCAGUUCAGACGCUGUCCUUGUUUUUCACAAGGCUAUUCGUUGGUAUUGGUACAACCUUCCACCAUCUCCUCGUCCCUCGUUCCAAAAGUGGAUCUGGCUUCAUGUAGAAUCGCCAACAAACACGUGGAAAAUUCCAGGGAUUGAAAACCUCUUUAAUCUGACUCUCAGUUAUAGAGAGGACGCUGACAUUCCUGUGCGGUUGAGACUAACCAUCAACAAAACUCCAAAUGAGGAUUUUAAAAUUCCUAAAAAGGACAAACUGGUCUGUUGGAUCGUAAGUAAUAAUGCUCCCAGUACAGGUGUCGGCAGGAGGAACGCUUACUACAAUGAACUUAAAAAGCAUGUCAAUAUACAUUUGUUUGGAAAAGCGUACGGAACGUUCCUGGAUUAUAAAAGCUAUUAUCCCACCAUAGCCAGCUGCAAAUUUUAUCUGUCUUUUGAGAAUUCCAUUCACAAGGACUACAUCACAGAAAAGUUCAAUGGACCUCUGUCAGCAGGUACUGUACCUGUGGUGCUGGGACCUCCCAGAAAGAACUAUGAGAGGUUUGCACCGGGUGAUGCCUUCAUUCACGUGGACGACUUCCCAGACGCAAAGUCACUGGCAGAAUAUCUGAUGCAGCUGGACAGAGAUGAAGAUGCGUAUCGCAGGUACUUUAACUGGAGGAGACAUUUCUCAGCACGACCUCAUUUAAUAGUACAGAAUCAAGAGUUUGUUCUGGCCAUUUGCACGGCCUGCGAUCAUGUAGCGAGACACAAGGAAUAUCAAGAAGCUCAUGAUAUCUAUGAAUGGUUUUUUAACUGAAGUAACCUCUCAGAUUUUGGAUUAUGCCUCCGGACUAAUUUAACAUUCACAUUUUUGCAGCAGAUUGUGUGUGUGUGAUCUUGUUUAUUUAUUUUAUUAUUUGGCCAAGGUGUCUACACCAGGAAAAAUAUAAGCAUGCAUUUUCAUUAUUGUUGGACAUUUCAUCUAUUCAUAAAAAGGGAGGAAGAAACACACAUUACUGAAAGUCAGUUAAUUAAGAUUAUUCAUAACAUUGUUGACCACAACCCUCAGGAUAAACAUGCCUCUCAAUUCAAUAUCAUUGAUUAAGAGACUGGAGCUGAAAAAAUAAAAGAGAUAUAAAAUAAUUAACAAGUUUAUUUAUAAUUAACGAGUUCUCAUGCAAAAGAUACUCAUUAUUGAAAUGCAUCAUUUUAAAACUUUUUUUGCCUCUCAAGCAGAGACAUGAGUUUAUAUACUGUAAAUAAAGAAUGUUAGCAACUGACAUUUCUGGGACACAACUGACUAUCAUAUUGGGACAAAAUUCAGUCGUACUUCAUUCAAAAUAUCUCAUUUUCGUUUCAACAGACAGUCAAUGAUGUCACAGAAAUCUCAGUUGCUAACGUAUUUCCACAUAUGUUUCUUGUUCGUUUGAAUAAAGACAUGUAUGCAGGUUUGGAAAGACAUGAGGGUGAGUAAAUCAUGACAGAAUUUUCAUUUUA